AUGACGGAGUUCUGGCCUAUUAGUCUCUGCAAUGUUAGCUAUAAGAUCAUUUCAAAAAUCUUAUGUUCCCGCCUGAAGAAACUACUCCCGAAGUUAAUCUUGGAGACUCAAUCCGCCUUUGCGGCGAAACGACUCAUACGAGAUAAUAUUCUGCUGGCGCAGGAAGCCUUCCAUGCCCUGCGUACCAAUCCUAUGUGUAAGGCAAAAUUUGUUGUGAUCAAGACGGAUAUGAGCAAAGCUUACGAUCGGGUCGAAUGGAAUUUCCUUGAGGCACUGUUAUUAAAAUUGGGCUUCUCGGAGAGAUGGUUGAAAGGGGCAGAGGAUGAAGGUAGGAUAACUGGCCUAAAAAUCGCGAGGGCAAGUCCUGCUGUUUCACAUCUCCUCUUUGCAUACAAUAGCCUAUUUUUCUGCAAAGCUGAUGUCCAGAAAUGUGUUGAUUUGAUGUGGAUUAUAACAGUGUAUGGGAAGGCUUCGGGACAGCAAUUAAAUCCCGGGAAAUCAUCUAUCUUGUGUGGUAGUAAAGUCGACCAUGAGAUAAAAAAAAGCGCUCAAGCAAACGCUGGGUAUCCAAAAGGAAGGCGGUAUGAGAAUGUCUUUGCCUUCAUUAGGAAGCGACUUAAUGACCGGAUCAAUUCUUGGUCGGCAAGACUUUUAUCAAAAGGAGGCAAAGAGGUUCUUCUAAAAUCAGUCGCUCAAGCCCUUCCCACCUAUGUAAUGUCAUGUUUCCUCCUACCAAAGGAGAUUAUAAAUAAGCUUCAAGCUGCAAUAGCAAAGUUUUGGUGGAGCACGAAAGCAAACAAUAAAGGUCUGCAUUGGAUAGCCUGGGAGAAAAUAUGCUUGUCUUUCGAUAAAGGGGGUCUAGGUUUCAGAGACCUGCAUGACUUUAAUCUGGCCUUACUAGCCAAGCAACAGUGGAGGCUACUACACAAUCCCAACUCUCUCCUUGCCCGAGUCCUGAAAGGAAGAUACUUCCGGCAUACUAGUCCUAUGGAAGUUAAAUCGUCAAACUCCCCAUCCUACGGAUGGGGAAGUAUUCUAGCAGCUCAAGACCUUCUGCGGGAAGGGUUGCGAAAGAUGAUAGGAACAGGACAAGAUACACGCGUGUGGCUAGACCCAUGGAUCUCGACGUCACCGGCACGAGCAGCUAUGGACGCCGGAUUCUAUCGCGACCAGGACCUCCGUGUUAGUUAUCUCAUUGAUGAGAAUUCGAAACAAUGGAGAUCGGACCUCCUGGAAGCGCUGAUAGACCCAGGAGACAUCCCGUUAAUACGGAGUUUACGCCCCAGUUAUAUUGGCAAAAAAGACGGUUUCUGCUGGACCUAUACGAAGUCAGGGCUUUACACGGUUAAGUCCGGGUACGACCUUGCUUCACAAUUAAAAGAAGAAGAAACAGAACAACAGGUCACAGAGCCAAGCACGACGGCCCUCAAGGCAAUGAUAUGGAAGUAUUUCCUAUGGCUAGCUCUAACAGAGUGUUUAGCGAGCUGUAGUCGACUUGUUGAUAGGCAUUGCGGGACGGAUCGUACCUGCCCAAGAUGUGGAUUUGAGGAGGAAACAAUUAAUCACUGCUUAUUUCUAUGCCCACCUGCCCUCCAGACCUGGGCUCUAUCGGGAAUACCGUCGUCUCCAGGUUCUUUCCCGAGUGGUUCGCUGGUGGAAAACUUUGACUACUUACUCCUGAAGGCAAAAAACCUGGGUACUCCUACCACUGCACUGGCUUGCUUUCCAUGGAUCGCGUGGUUCAUCUGGAAAGCAUGGAAUGAAAAGAUUUUUAAUGGUAAGGAAAUCCUACCGCUGGAUACGGUUAACCACGCUAUUCGAGAAGAAGAAGAAUGGCGAGUGGCGCAAAUUAUAUCAUCACCUAAAGCGCUGACAAAAUUUGCAAAUGCAGACGUUCAGAAUGAAUCACCAUUCCCUCGAUGCCAAGUGGAUGCAUCCUGGGUGACGAAUUCAAACGUCUUUGGUGGCGGCUUUGUUUUUUAUUUCGAACCAGGUUCCCAUACCUAUGGUUCUCUUGGGAUGCAACAGGUCUCAUCCCCACAUCAUGCAGAGUUUAACAUCUUGCUUUGCGCAAUGAAAUAUUCUUUGCAAUUAGGCUACACUUCAAUGUCUUUCAAAUCGGAUUGCCUAGAGCUUGUGAGGCUGAUAAAUGAAGAAGAAGAUUGGCCAAAUUGCAGAGUCUGUCCCUUUAGCAGUGAUAAAAGGUAUGCUACAACGCAAGUGAAGGCUCCACCUCAGCUGCAGAAAACGGGUGCUGUUAGAGUGUUGCGGGUGCUUGUACGUGACAUAUGGGACUUUGAGAAGUCUCUAUUCCACACAGGAGCUUGCUUGCGUCUCUGUGGCCAUAUUAAAUUUCCUUCAAAGGAUAUAAUCCAACCUGCCCUCUAA